AUGGUCAAAGUGUUACCAAUCUCAACUAUUUCGGAUCGAGUUCAUAACAGCACAAUAAAAGUAAGGAGAUUUCAUGUGAAGCCAUCAUUGAAAUUACCAAGAUUAUCAAAGCAUUCCAAAACAACCGGCGACAAAUCCUGGUUUGUACGAUGCUUUAAGGAAUUUGCGGAAAACACAGCAUUGCACGGAUACAAUCACAUCGUUCGGGAGGAAUCAACGAAAGGGGAACGGAUUGCCUGGAUUAUAAUUGUUUUAAUAGCAACUAUAGUGGCAGCGGUGCUGUUGUACAUUUCAUGGCAAUUGAAUUUAGAGACGCCAACAAUCACGGUUAUUGAAAGCACCCAUUAUCCCAUUUCAAAUGUGCCGUUCCCGGCUGUCACCAUUUGCAACAUGAACAGCAUAUCAGCGAGAAAAGCAUUGAGACUAGCGCAAAAUAUGACACGACCGAGCAACGUAUCGCCGGAGAGACUCUCCAAACUGUUUCAAUUGCUGUUACACUUUCAGGGUGUUGGAGAUGCUAUCAAAGAUGACUACGAUUUGUUGCAUAACAUUUUGCAAACCAAUCAAAUGAGUAUCAUGAACUUGAGCAGUACAUUGAAGCCAACGUGUGAUGAAAUGCUUAUAAAAUGCCGUUGGAAAGGCACUGAAGCGCGAUGCAAUGCUAUUUUCCAGCCAGUUCAGACGAUUGAGGGCAUUUGCUGUUCAUAUAACUAUUAUGGUUUGAAGACAAACAAUUUUCCGCCGAAAACUGCUUUAUCAAGGCCGAAACAGCCUCGACGAAUUUCAUCAUGCGGUUUCCAAACUGGCUUAACCGUAAUUUUGACACCAAACACUGAUGACUAUCACAGCAGUUUAUUCAGUAGCUACGGCAUUCGAGUUCUAAUCCAUGACGCUUAUGAUUUUCCCGAUGACAAUGCCGAAACGAAAGCGAUAAGCAACAAAAUGUUAGCAUUUAUCAUGGUUUAUCCAGAGACUGCGUAUAGCACGCCUAAUGUACGAAACCUAUCACCUGAGGUGAGAUAUUGCUAUUUCCACGACGAACACAAGCUGAAUUACAUGCAACGCUAUUCGUAUGUGAACUGUUUGGCGGAAUGUCGAACGGAAAUUGCUUAUCGAUUUUGCGGAUGUGUUCCGUAUUUUUUGCCCAACAACGGUUCCUAUCGCGUGUGCGAUAUGAACGAAAUGAUGUGUGUACGAGAGAAUCGGCCGGCCUAUUUUGGAGCAUUGCCUGGUCUCAAUAAAACGAAAGUCGGAACGGCCGAACCAAAUAUUCUACAUACACCAUGCAAUUGUCUUCCCGACUGUCAACUCAAUCAAUAUCCAACUGAACUCACUUCGGCAACGCUCAACCGCACCUUUUCCCAUUCACGGAUGAGCGUGUAUAAGGGCAUUAACAUCACCGAUCAUACCUCAUUAACCGUUUUUUUUGGUGAUCUAGUUGCAACGCGCUACAGAAAAGAUGUAUAUCAGAACUGGUUCAGUCUAUUGGGUAUGCAUUACAAAAAUCAUUUCGCCGAAAUGUAA